AUGGCUUCAGGAUACGGCCUAGCAGGCGGACCCUCCCGCUGCUUCCCCUUCUGGCAAGAAGUCCUCGCCUGCUACGUCUCCAACACGACGCCCUCGGACGACUCGGGCAAAGCAAAAUGCACGCCCGCGCUCGAGGAUUACUACGAGUGCUUGCAUCAUAAGAAGGAGGCCGCUCGCACCCUGGCAAUCCAGACGGCGUACCGCAAGCAGCAAGCCGCGCAGGCGCGCGACGAUGCACCCAGCGCGGCGCAGAUACGGCGGCUGGGCCUGUUGGACGCGCCCAUGGAGGAGAAGAAUCUGAAGAAGCCGAAGUGGCUGCCGCAUAAGGAGAUUAACUGAUUCCAAGAUGCGGUUUGGGGGUGGGGGGGGGAUUGUAUAUAUAUCACACACAAGCGGAGUAGGAACGGGACGAGAUGAAUCGAAUGGCGACUGAACCAAACGAGCAAGCUCGACUAUGGUGCGAGUGAGGAGAGUGAUUACGUGGCGUGCUUUCGUUAAAGAGGGGGCUGUGAGGAUUGUGGAUGGCUGUCUAGAUGCUAGUACCCGCUUUAUAUCACAUCGUGUCACACAAACAAGCCUCAAGAUGUUUUCAAAACAGGUUUAGUUUCUGGCUAUCCCAGCUAUCCACCACUACUACUACCGCCGUGCAACCCACUCUCACAAAGAAUCAAGACACCACUGAAAGAGAGGCAU